AUGAACAUCACAGAGCAUCAGCAAAUUGCAACAGUUCAGUACUGCUUUCCUGACAACAACUCAUCAUGCAGAAAGGAGGUCCAAACAGGCACUGGGAAUAUUUUUUUAUUCACUCUCCUUUCAUUUAUCUCUGUAUGCACUUUGUUUUUUAACCUGCUUGUGAUCAUCUCCAUCUCUCACUUCAAGCAACUCCACACUCCAACUAACCUGCUCGUCCUCUCUCUGGCUGUGGCUGAUCUUCUUGUGGGAUUGAUUCUUAUGCCAGUGAAAAUAAUGGACCUGAUAGACAACUGUUGGUAUCUUGGCAAAAUGGCAUGUGCUGUUGUUUUAGUGAUAAACUUUUUCUCAUUGGCAGCAUCUCUCUGUAGCAUGACAUUGAUUGCAGUUGAUCGGUACAUUGCUGUUAAUGACCCUCUGAUUUAUUCCACCAAAAUUACAGUUUGUAAAACCUCUGUAUUCAUAAUUUUUGGAUGGUUGUUUUGUCUACUGUAUGUCUUUGUCUUUUUAUACUUUAAUGACCAUCUGCUUCCAUCUCAGAUUAUUAUUAGAUGUCAUGGAGAAUGUGUACUAUAUGUAAAAUAUCCAUGGAUGAUUGUUGACCUGAUAGUUAUGUUUAUAACUCCUUGUUCUAUUAUAUUGAUCUUGUAUUCAUUCAUUUUUAAUGUGGCAAGACGUCAGACUCAAGCUGUGAGAUCUGUGUUAAACAGUACCUCUAACAGACAAGGAAUCAAAGUGUCAAACGCUUCUGAAACCAAAGCAGCAAAAACACUGGGAAUUGUUGUUUGUGUUUAUCUUGCUUGCUGGAUACCAUUUUAUUUAAGUUCAUUGUCAGUUGAAAGCAUGUCCUCAUUGUCACUGGUGUGGACAGUGUUUGGCUGGCUAGCAUACAUUAAUUCCUCUAUAAAUCCCCUAAUAUAUGCUAUAUUUUAUCCAUGGUUUAGAACAUCAGCUAAGUAUAUUGUAACAUGUAGAACACUGGAAUCCUCUUCUUCAAGGUUUAAUUUGUUUCAAGAACAUUUCUGA